GCUGUAUAUAUACUCCUCGUCUGACAUGGGUUUCUCUGGAUUCGCCACUUUCCCUGGGUAUACUCAGAUUUAUUCAAUAUGUCUGAGUUAUCGUGGACAUCUCCAGACUACCCACUCGAGCCUUACAACGGACCACCUCGGAAUGUCGCAUACAUAGAUAAACUUAAGUUCGACGAGAAACUGCAACCAAAAUCAUACAGCAUUGCAGGAACACAUCCAGAGUCAAAGGUCUUGAUUACCGACAUUCAGAUAAUCGAUGCAACCGGGAAAGCUCCUUAUCAUGGAGAUGUACUAAUCACAGGAGAGCGGUUCACGCAUGUCGGCGAGGUCCCUGGAAAAGAAGACCUAAUCAAAGACCCCAAGGUCCGAGUAUUCUAUGGCAACGGCCGUACUUUGAUUCCCGGUCUCGGAGAUGCACAUACCCAUCUGAGCUGGAAUGGGGGGGAUCUCGGCCGGUUGGGCGAGUUGGGCAUCGAAGAGCACACGCUCUUGACGGCGCGGAGUGCCCGGAGUUUCAUUGACUCUGGGUAUACCAUGUGCUUUGGUGCUGCGUCCGCAAAGAAGCGACUAGAUGUGGUUGUCCGUGAUGCGAUCAAUGCUGGAGAUAUACCAGGGCCGCGGUAUCUUGCCAAUAGUCAAGAGAUGGCUCGACGAGAUGGUGACUUGGUGCCUGGGAUUACUGCAUACGCCGACGGGCCGGAUGAAAUGCGUCAGGUAAUCCGCGAACAUGUUGAGUUGGGUGUCGACCAGGUCAAGCUGUCGAUGUCUGGAGAAUCGAUAACUGAGAUCCGCGAUGCAAUGGACUGCUAUUUCAGUGACGAAGAGACAAAGGCAUGUGUAGAUGAGGCCCAUAAGCUUGGAAUCAGGCUCUGCGCCCAUGCUCGGGCUCGAGAUUCCGUCAGACAGUGCAUUGAGCAUGGGGUAGAAAUCAUAUAUCAUGGAUCCUAUAUUGAUGAAGAAGGUGAGGACAUAGAUUCCUCCCCAAGGGCAAUUCUAACGAAAGCAGGGAUGGACAUGCUGGAGAAGAAAAGGUCACAGCAUGUGGUUGUCCCUGCGCUCAACUGGCUCUAUGCCACGCUUUACGAGGCAAGUGCAUUUGGAUAUGCCACAGAAGUCGCUGAGAAGGUUGGAUAUAAGAAAGAACUUGAAGCUGCGAUCCGUGGACUGCGGGAAAUGCACCGACGUGGAAUCGUAGUCCUGCCUGGCGGGGACUACGGCUUUGCCUGGACACCUCAUGGAACAUAUGCCCGGGAUCUCGAGCAUUUCACCAAAUUCCUUGGCUUUACACCGCAUGAAGCCAUAAUUGCAGCGACAUACGGCGUAGCAAAACUGUUCAUGAGGUCGCACGAGAUGGGCCAGAUCAAAGCAGGAAACUUCGCAGAUUGCGUUCUAGUCGAUGGGGAUCCGCUGGACGAUAUCACCAUCUUACAGAAUCAUCAAAGGCUUAAUGUGAUUAUCAUCAACGGACGAGUUCACAAAGCUGGACGGAGGGAGCUGCUGGUGCCGAAUAUGGCUGCCCAUGAGCUCACGCAGAGAAUCACGCAGGGAGUCGAGGAGUUGGAGAUUGUAACGCCUAUGCAAAAGGCAUAUUGAUUAUUUUGUAUUGUAAUUGAAUAUUUGAUAGUAUUGAAUAGUUUUAUAGUAUUAAUACAUUGCAUAAGCGGA